AUCACUGUAUUUGCUUGAUCAAAGUUAUCUUUAGCAUUCAAGACACCAACUGCGCCGGGAGCAAUUCCAUCUAUAAAUCUGUUGAUUGUUAUCCAUAACUCGAAGAAGCAUGUACUUUUCCACAACUCUUAUAUUACUCCUUACCAUAUUGGAUAUUCUUGUUUAUUAUUUACAGAAACUACAAGAGCAAGACAAUGGCGAGCAGAAAAAUUCAGCCUCAUCGUCAUCUUUGGAUAAAAGGAUUAUGCCCCAAGAAGACAAUGGGGAGCUGAAAAGUUCAGCCUCGUCGACAUCAUUGGAUAUACGAUCCAUGCACGAAGAAGACGAUGGUGAGAGGAAGGAUCCAUCCUUGUCAUCAUCAUCACUUUAUAAACAGUGUCAAGUUUUUUCACUUGCUGAAAUCAAAUUGGCAACAAAUGAUUUUGAUGAUGCUUUUGUAAUUGGAAAAGGUGGGUUUGGUCAGGUAUACAAGGGUAAAAUCGACUUUGGGGCAAGUACAGAUGUUGCCAUCAAGAGGUUAGAUUGCAAUUCCAAUCAAGGGGAAACCGAGUUCUAUGCAGAGAUUGAAAUGCUUUCCAAGAUUCGCCAUAGUCAUAUUGUCUCUUUACUAGGUUAUUGUGAAACAGAUAUGAUCCUUGUUUAUGAAUACAUGCCCAAUGGGAGUCUUGAGGAUCAUCUGCAUAAAAAAAGAGCUAAUACAACUAGUUAUUCUCCACUGACAUGGAUUCAAAGACUCAAUAUUUGCAUAGAUGCUGCUCGUGGAUUGGACUACCUCCAUACGGGUACAGGUGUCCAGCAUCGAGUCAUCCAUCGUGAUGUUAAAAGCUCGAAUAUCUUGCUGGAUGAGAACUUGGCAAGUAAGAUUGCAGACUUUGGGCUGUCUAGAAUUACUCCAGCGUCUCAGUCAGGUGCUACCACUAAUGUUUAUACGGGUCAGAUCGUAAGUACAUUUGGGUACAUGGAUGCUGAAUAUUUCUCAACUCACAGACUUACAAGAAAAUCUGAUGUGUAUGCAUUUGGUGUGGUGUUGUUGGAAGUGUUAUGCGGUAGGCCUGCCCUGGAUUUUUCAUUGGAUGAGGAACAGCACAGCCUAGCUGGAUGGGCCAAACACUGCAUCAAAAGAGGUAAUCUAAGUCGGAUUGUUGAUCCCAGUCUGAGGGGACAAGUCUCGGCUAAAUGCCUAAAGCAUUUUGGGCAAAUUGCAUAUGAAUGCCUCCGUACUUCUUCAAAGGAUCGACCAACGAUGACUGUGAUUUUGGGUAGGCUUGAGUUGGUGCUAACAUGGACAAUGCAGAGUGUGGAGAGGGCUAGUAAUAGGAAAUACCUUGGAUGGUCACUGUUCUUAACCAAAGCUCCAUGGAGUGUGAUAUCUGAUAGAAAGACAGGCGGCCAUGAUAGCGGUGGUAUUGUAACUGCUUCUCAGCGGGUGGUGUCACCUAGUGAGGACGCAACGCCACUGAUCUUCAAGGAGUUCACAUAUUCUGACUUACAGAAAGCCACGUGUAACUUUCGGCGCGAUUGCUUUCUUGGAGAGGGUGGUUUUGGGAGGGUUUUCAAAGGGUGGUUGGACAGGGUAACAUACACCCCACAGAAGGCUGGCAAUGGGCUUCCUGUUGCUAUUAAGAAAUUAAAUCCUGAAACUAUACAAGGAUUCGAAGUGUGGCAGACAGAGGUGACUCUCUUGGGAAUGCUUAAACACCCAAAUGUUGUUAAACUCUUAGGAUAUUGCCAGGAAAAUAUGGAGCUGCUUCUUGUUUAUGAAUUCAUGCAAGGGGGAAGCUUAGAGGAUCGUCUUUUCAGAAAAGGUGUAGAUGCACUACCAUGGUCUACGAUGAUUAAAAUAGCCAUUGGCGCAGCUCAAGGCAUGGCUUUCUUGCAUUCAGUAAAUGUUAUUUACAGGGAUAUGAAAGCCUCAAAUAUAUUGUUAGAUGAGGAUUAUAAUGCAAAGGUGUCAGAUUUUGGGUUAGCAAAGGUAGGUCCAUCCGAUGGAAUGACUCAUGUGUCAACCCGUGUAGUGGGCACCUACGGUUAUGCAGCUCCUGAGUAUCUGGCUACUGGCCACUUUUAUGUCAAGAGUGAUGUUUAUGGUUUUGGAGUGGUAAUGCUUGAGCUUAUAACAGGGUUACGAGCUCUUGACCGCAAUCGACAAGGCGCAAAAGUGAACUUGGUGGAAUGGACUAGGCCUUUCUUGACAGAUAAGAGAAUACACAAAAUUAUGGAUCCUCGAUUGGGAAAAAAUUACCCUGCAAAAGCCGCUCGUAAAGCUGCUGAGCUCGUCGUAAGUUGCCUUAAACAAGAGCCCAAGAGCCGGCCUUCUAUGGAGGAAAUAGUGUCGUGUUUACAAGAUAUUAAUGCUAUCAGUUUGAAACCAAGAAAGUAAAAAGGCUAACCCUAUCUGUCAUUGAACCUACAUAACAAACAAAUAUCAAGUAAUUGCCAUCAUCAAGACCACCAGUUCUGAAAUAAGAAUGAAAUAGGUAUAGGAGCAUAUAUAGAGAAUGCAAUCCCACCUUUUUUUUCUCUCCGUUUCUUUCCAAUUUAAAAGGACGGAUUUUAGCUUAAAAACUGCUUCCUUUCUUUUCUCCUCUCUUCCUUUGUCUCCAUAAAAAAAAAAACAAAAAGCUCUGGAAUACAACUUUUCCUUACUUCCUUCCAAAUCAUUUCUCUUCUCUCUUUAAAUGAAACUCGGGAACACAGUGUAAGUUCAUGUUUGUUCCUAAAGCUAGUCAUUGAGAAAUUGCAAUUCAUAUACCAUGUAUCUGUUAAGUACAUAAUUUCUUUAUGUACAUAAAGAGUUUGAACUUACGUAGAGCUUUGGUUAGAAUAAUCUUAUUUAAGGUUAUUUCUAGUUUCUACUUAACUAUGACAAAUGUGUGUUUCAAUAUCCAUCAAUGUGUAUACUUUAUGCAUAAA